AUGACGGCGGCGCCACCACCAUCGACUGGCCGCGAGCUGUCCAACCCUCCCACCGACGGCAUUACAAACCUCCGCUUCUCGAACCACAGUGACCAUCUCCUCGUUUCUUCCUGGGACAAGAGUGUCCGGCUGUACGACGCGAGUGCCAAUGUGCUGAGGGGAGAGUUUAUGCACGGAGGAGGCGUGCUUGAUUGCUGCUUUCACGAUGACUCGUCCGGGUUUAGUGCCUCUGUUGAUCACACCGUUAGAAGGCUUGUGUUCAACCACAACAGGGAGGAUAUUUUGGGGAGGCAUGAUGCCCCGGUUAGGUGCAUUGAGUACUCAUACGGAACUGGUCAAGUUAUCACCGGUAGUUGGGAUAAAACGAUUAAGUGUUGGGACCCCAGAGGUGCAAGUGGUCAGGAACAUUCACUUGUCAGCACAUAUUCUCAGCCCGAACGAGUAUACUCGAUGUCCCUUGUCGGCAAUCGAUUGGUGAUUGCAACUGCUGGAAGACACGUGAAUGUGUAUGACCUUCGGAACAUGUCCCAGCCCGAACAACGAAGAGAAUCCUCGCUGAAGUAUCAGACUAGAUGUGUUCGAUGUUACCCCAAUGGGACAGGCUAUGCUCUCAGUAGUGUGGAAGGCCGGGUUGCUAUGGAGUUUUUUGAUCUGUCUGAGGCUGGUCAGUCGAAAAAAUAUGCAUUUAAAUGCCAUAGAAAAUCAGAAGCAGGAAGGGAUAUUGUGUACCCUGUCAAUGCAAUUGCAUUUCAUCCUAUCUAUGGUACUUUUGCUACUGGAGGCUGUGAUGGUUAUGUGAAUGUUUGGGAUGGAAACAACAAGAAGAGGCUGUACCAGUAUCCCAAGUACCCAACAAGCAUUGCAGCUUUGUCGUUUAGCCGGGAUGGAAAACUCUUGGCAGUUGCAUCCAGCUAUACAUAUGAAGAGGGAGAAAAACAACAUGAACCAGACGGCAUAUUCGUUCGGAGUGUGAAUGAAGUCGAAGUGAAACCAAAACCCAAAGUUUCAACAAAUCCUGCUGCAUGA